AUGCCUACUUACGAUGGAACGGGGGACCCCAGCGAUCACUUAGUCGGCUUCCAGGCAAAGAUGAUGGUAAUAGGGGUGGAGGACCCCAUGUACUGUCGCGCCUUUUUCUCAACCCUAGGCGGGGCAGCGCAUCGUCGGUUCCUAUCUCUACCACCAUUGUCCAUUGACCGCUUCGAAACCCUAGCCGAACAAUUCCUAACCUACUUUGCAGGAAGCAUGAAAACAAAGAAGCACUUCAUAACCUUGACUGCCAUACAACAAGGAGAAACUGAGACACUAAAAGAGUUCUUAAAAAGAUGGCAGAAGGAAGUACAGGCUGUGGAAGAUCUGGACGACCGAACGGCCCUCACUUUAUUCAUGGAAGCCCUCCGGUCAGGGGAUCUGUUCACUAGGCUACGAAGGGAGACCCCCGACACGUAUGCACAGGCCAUCCAGAGGGGCAACAAAUAUACGAAAACAGAAGAGGCUUUGCGACAAAAAAUAAGGCGAGAAGCAAAACGACCCCGUGACGGGACGAGAACGCGUCCGUUGGACCGACCGUCUAAACGGGAAGAGAGAUCUAACGUCAUCCGGGGGCCACAUCUCCCUCGACACAGAGCAGUCCCCGCCCUCGGGACGAGGCACGUGUACGAGGUCCAACCACCCCGACCUACAGAGAACCUACCGCCACCACCCACAAAGGCGGAGGAACGGCCGGCCGCGGGAAGAGCCAGAUAUUGCCGAUAUCACAGGUCCACAGGACAUUCCACCGAAGAAUGUACUACCCUACAAAAAGAAAUCGAGGAGCUUAUCCAGAGAAGAUAA